AUGGCCUUCGAUCAUGACCUCGCCGCCAAGCUGGCCGAAAAGACCUUCACCGCCGUCCAGGCCGGUGCCAAGGCGACGCUCGACAACCCCAACGAAAUCGCGCAGACCGUGCUGGGUGUCAUGGCCGUGAGCCUCAACGCGAUCCCCGUCGCCGGCAGCGCCAUCGCGGCCUUUGCCGUGGCCAUGAGCCUGAUCGCGUUCCCCGCGCCCAAGAAGGACCCGUGGGACCAGGUGCGGCAGCGCGUCGAGGCGCUCGUCGGGCAGAAGCUGCAGGCGGCGGAGCUGGAGCGUCUGAAGCGCUCCAUCGACGGCUUCCGAACCAACGCGGAGACGUACGCGCUGGUCUGGAAGGCGUGGAACGACAAGCCGGCCGACAACCGUGCCAAAGAGGCCGAGAAUCUGCGGGUGCACCACACCAACUCCAUCACGCUGCUGCAGGCGGGCAUCCCCGCCUUCCAGAGCGAGGGCCACGCGGCCGCCGCGCUGCCGCUGUUCGCCGCGGCGGCCAACCAGUACAUCGCGCUGCUCGCCGACGGCAUCAAGCAGGGCAAGGAGAUGGGCUGGGACGAGAGCCACUACGGCAAGACGCUCGUCUCCCUGUUCAACAAGGCGACCGGCCAGGACGGCGCGAACGCGGCGCGCGGCCUCCUCGACAGCCGUGACGAGGACGCCGACGCCGCGCUGCUGGACAUGGCCAAGGAGGCCCUCGAGGCCGCCAAGAACCUCGGCGUCGACCCGGCGCUGAUGGCCCUCUGGCAGGAGGCGUACACCAGCCUGGUGCACAAGUUCGCGAUCCGCGGCGACAGCACCCUCGGGCGGCGCGACGGGGUCACGCGCGACCUGGUCGCCCACGUCAAGCGGUGGUACGUCGACGGCCGCAAGCAGGUGCAGCCGCGGACGUGGGUGGACGGCAAGGUGGACGGCCAGACGAUGCCCCAUUACGGCGACGGCUACAAGCAGGGCCUGGCCCUGGCCACCUACGCCGACUGGGACCUGGAGAUGGUCGAGAACGCGCUCAACUACGCCGAGCUCUGGCCGUACCUGGCCGGCACCAAGGGCGAGGUGUCCGCCGAGGCGAUGCGCAACCUCGACCGCGAGAUCUUCCGCGGCCCGUACGUCCGCUACACGGGCAACACCAAGUUCAGCGCCCAGGCCGGGCCCAAGGUCGAGCCGCGCAGCGCGCCCAUCACGGGCGUCAAGAUGUGCGCGGGCGACAAUAUCCGCAUGAUGCAGGUCAAGUACGGCAACCGGUGGGAGGGCGAGUACGGCAAGUGCGGCCCGGCGCGGGACAAGGAGGAGGCCGGCUUCGAGCUCAAGGAGGGCGAGUACAUCACCAACGUGGACAUCAUCACAGGGCACAAGCUGGGGCAGCUCAAGUUCAUCACCAACAUGGGCGAGUAUGGGCCGUACGGCCGGCGCACGCACGCGGAUCUGCCCAUGUCGGUCAACCGCACGGGCUACGCGCUGACGAGCAUGCACGGAACCAACUACGCGCAACACGACCCGGAGGGCAUCGAGGGCAUCAUCCUUGGUUUCAGACCUCUGCUCACGGCCAAGAAGGACUGA